AAUAGCCGUACACACGGGUACAGUCACGUACCAACUCCACAUUUGGCUUUGGUGAGUGGUGCGAUCAUUUCUAUAUCUGCUUAGAACGUUGGAACGUACCAAACCUUACGUACCCUGUCAUUCUUCAUUUCUUAUAUACAUAUAUUUGCAUAACUUCAUAUAUGCAUAUUAGGACCUACGUCACGCUAGUGGCUGCUCGUGCUAUUAUGGGCAGAGUCGAAGACAAAGGCAGGGAUGAAUAAAUUAGUGCAUACGCUAGGCAAGUACGUACCUAAAUGACAUGCCCAAGCCCCGGUGUCACCAAUCUUGCCCCUCAACUUUCAAUCGCCAACCGCCAACGAGAAUCCGAGAAUCCAGAAUCUACCUACCAUUUUGAUCCUGAAGGAGACAUAACGGACGAGUUACUGAACAUUAAGCGCCCUGAUUCAGCCGUAAUUGUCAUAAACCCUUCUGCUAAGGUUACUUCACGGUCGCUUAAUAAAAUUUCUCUGACGCCUUUUUUAUUUUCUGCCGUCCGUCGCCCGGCGUCAUCUAAGACCAGAACCUUGCCUUGCAUUACGACAAGGCUCUUUAAUAUUUUCCUUUUACCAUCGUCACGAUUUCCGAGGACGCUCCCCCAGCGUCCGUUCCCCUCGAACAACAAACUUCUACCUCUCUAGAUCCUAUUAGUCAAACUUGCACGGCUGGGGGGAUAUUGUUCGACCAAAGGCACACUACCCGACAACGCCCAACUCGCGGCAAGAUGGAUGCUAAGAGACAUCCAAGCUCUUUCCAACAGCUGGAGAAGUUGGGAGAGGGCACCUAUGCCACGGUCUUCAAGGGACGAAAUCGCCAGACGGGCGAACUUGUCGCCUUAAAGGAAAUCCACCUCGACUCGGAAGAAGGUACCCCCUCGACCGCAAUCCGCGAGAUUUCGCUCAUGAAGGAACUCAAACACGAGAAUAUCGUGGCCCUGUACGACGUGAUCCACACAGAGAACAAACUUAUGCUAGUAUUCGAAUAUUUGGAUGGCGACCUCAAGAAGUACAUGGAUGCUCAUGGCGAUAGAGGAGCGCUGAAGCAUGCGACCAUCAAAUCCUUCAUGUUCCAGCUGCUGAAGGGCAUCGAUUUCUGCCACAAGAACCGCGUCCUCCAUCGAGAUUUGAAGCCUCAGAAUCUCCUUAUUAAUGGGAAAGGCCAACUCAAACUUGGAGACUUCGGAUUGGCGCGCGCGUUCGGAAUCCCCGUGAACACGUUCUCGAACGAGGUCGUCACCCUGUGGUACCGCGCUCCGGACGUUCUUCUGGGCAGCCGCACGUACAACACGAGCAUCGACAUAUGGUCGGCAGGUUGUAUUAUGGCGGAGAUGUACACGGGUCGACCACUCUUCCCCGGCACGACGAACGAGGACCAGAUUAUUCGCAUCUUCCGUAUAAUGGGCACCCCGACAGAGAGAACCUGGCCCGGCAUCACGCAGUUCCCCGAGUACAAGCCGAACAUCCAGAUGUACGCGACUCAGGAUCUUAGGGCCAUUCUUCCUCAGAUCGAUUCGCUUGGCAUAGAUCUCCUACAGCGAAUGCUAGUCCUUCGUCCGGAGCAUCGUAUUAGCGCGCAUGAUGCCUUGCAGCACCCUUGGUUCGCCGAGUUGGUGCAACACCAGAUGCAGCAACAGCAAGCGAUCCAGGCACAGGUUAGAGGCUAUGCCACUCCAGCUGUUCCGUCACAGGGUGUUUACGAUCCCGGAUACUAGCCAAGUUGCGGUCGGUAUCAACCAAAUACUUUUGGCGACACAUCUCUUGGGGAUAUGGGUUAAGGAACGGCGAAUCGAUAUAGGCUUUAUUGGCUCUCGGCUACGAUAGGACCGCGGUGAAGCUGCAGAAGCGGUUAGUGGCUAGGUUAGCAUAUGACGAUCGUGGGCGGUAUCAUGAUGUGGCUAGGAGGACGGUGGUUAUGGACAGGCGUUCGGCAGAAUCCAUAGGUCAUGACAGCAUUCAUGGGCAUUUUCGAGCAAGAUUCGUUGCUAUUAAUGAAAACGAUAUACCCCAAUUUUUGGAGUUUUUCUGACUGCUGGCAGUAUAUUGUCUUAAAUACAUUUAUGGGAACUAAUCGACAGGUAUGCUGAGUGUGGGAUGAUUUCUUCUCUAGUAGCCGGAUAUUCGUGUAUCGCAUCCUCGGUAUAGUUUAAUUCACUCUAGGGCUCAUGGGUUUCCCCUGGGACAUUUAGUUAUGCCGGUAAUGAAAUAUUCAUAUUACAUGGUUGACCCAUCACAACUUGAACUCCUGUCUCUAUUUUAGGCCCCUAUUUCGUCUAGGUACUUGUAUCCUAUAUUUGAGGAAGACAGCAAUAUGGUUAUAUAUUAAA